AGGUGGCAUCGACCAGUCUGUGUUGAAAGAACUUCCUCCAGAACUGGUGGCAGAAAUUGAAUCAUCCAUGCCACUGUGUGAACGUGUUAAAAUGAACAAACGCAAGCGUAGCACAGUAAAUGAGAAGCCCAAGUACGCAGAGAUCAGCUCAGAUGAUGACAACGAGAGUGAAGAGGCCUUUGAACGUAUGUACUCUUAUCCCUGUCUGUAUUUGUGUGAAAAGCUUAGGCUAAACAUAGUUUUUAUACUUCGUAUAGUGGUCACAUUGUAGCUCACAUUUUUAUGUAAGUAUUUAAGACUAUCAAUAAUCCUUCUCGUUUAUAAGGAUUAAAGAAGUAUUAACCUCUAAUCUUGUGAAGAGUUGCGAAGAAGCACCGUAAAACUGGCAGUGUGCAUCUUAGUGUUUAUACAUUUGUUUAAAAUAUGAUUGAUUAAAUAUCUUUGCUUACAAUAAUUCUAGCAGUUAAAAUUUGCUAUCUAUUGUGUAUUCGAAAAACCCUGCAACAGUACAAAUGGGUGUGCAAUGAUUUAAAUGGGUGUAUUUACUCCAAAACAAAAUUGGAUUUACUGCACCCUUAUUAAUCUACAGUUUUAGGUUAAAGGGACAAGAUAUGUAGAUAAUGCAUCAAAAACUCGUUAAGAAAUUUGAAAUUGCACUUGAACAGGCUAUUGCUCCAGCUACUAGUCCAGUUACACCCAGAUGCAUCUGCUCUUGUCUAUUCUUAUAGUCACACUGUUAAAUAAACUAAGUGCAGCUGUACCAUGACUAUUAUUUGUUCGUAACACAGUUCGGUUUGCAAACAGUUCUGUGUGUUGUGGUAUGCAGAGCCGAUUUAAAGCGGCACUGUCAUGUCGAACUUACCUUUCCUCAAUCUCUUCCUCUUCUCCCCCUCUCUCAGGAUCUGUUCUUCUUUUCUUGCUGUCUUCUUUAGUUUUCUUUAAAAUCAUAAGACAAAGUAGGGACUCUUUGCCUUAUGGAGGUUUCCUCUGCUUUACCAUCUCUGACCAACAGAGGAGUAAAGUGUGCUUUAUUUACGCUGGUCAGAGCAAUUUUCCCAUAAUUCUUACCUUUCCUCUGUGUUCCCGCGAUGCUUCCUGUCAUUUUAGACGAAACUGUCGAAUUGCGUUCUAACUGAAUGAGAACAGUAUGUUCGUUUGUUUUAGAACGCAAUUCGGCACUUUAUUCGUGUCGGAAUUUCAUUCGAAUGAAUGAAACUCCGAUCCUAUUCGUGCUGUGGCUGCAUCUUGCAGCCGCUAAGUAGGUAACUCCCUAAUUCCCACGGUAUCAGGGAGUUAUCUACUAAAAGACUGAUAGACCUAAAAUGGUCUUUCAGCCACAUUUACUAAUACUAAGUAAAAAUUACUUAGUAUUAGUAAAUGCUUGCCCCUACUCGCUAUACCGCGAGUAGGGGCAUGUCUAGUAAACAGCGGGUGGGGUCCCCAAGUCAAAUUCCCCCCACCCCAUCAAAGGUGACUAGGGGUCCCCAAGCCCCUAGUCACCCACCCCCCCACCCAAAUAAAAAUACCCCUACCUACCCCCCUAAAAAAUAGUGAGGGGAGAAUAAAAUUACUAACCUGUAAAGUAAAAUUAAACUUACCAUUAGUCUUCUUUUUUCUAAAAUCUUCAUUUUUCAGCCCAAAAAAAGGCCAAAUAAAAAAACCAUCAUACCCGUCGAACUUAAAAUAAAAUAAAAAACCCGAGCGCAAAAAAAUAUAAUCCUUCACCCAUGGAGGGCUCCACGCAGACUGAGCUUUGCGGGGGAAGGCUUAUAAAGCCUUGCCCCACCCUGCAUUUAGGCUAAGAACACUGUGAUUGGUGGGUUUAAGCCAAUCAGAGUGCUCUUUGUUAUUUUACACAGCGUGGGAAAAUUCCAAAGAAUUUUCCCACGCUGUGUAAAAUGACACAGAGCACUGUGAUUGGAUGGCUUGAAAUCCAUCCAAUCACAGUGCUCUGUCAUUUUACACAGCGUGGGAAAGUUCUUUGGAAUUUUUCCACGCUGUGUAAAAUGACACAGAGCACGGUGAUUGGAUGGAUUUCAAGCCAUCCAAUCACAGUGCUCUGUCAUUUUACACAGCGUGGGAAAGUUCUUCGGAAUUUCCCCACGCUGUGUAAAAUGACAGAGCACUCUGAUUGGCUUAAACCCACCAAUCAGUGUUCUUAGCCUAAUUGCAGGGCGGGACAAGGCUUUAUAAGCCCCCGCCCUGCGGAGCUCAGUCUGCGCGGAGCCCUCCAUGGGUGAAGAUGGCAAGUUUAAUUUUACUUGACAGGUUAGGAAUUUUAUAACCCCCUCACUAUUUUUUAGAGUGAAGGGGGUAGGUAGGGGCCUUUUUAUUUGGGUGGGUGGGUGAUUAGGGGCUUGGGGACCCCUAGUAACCUUUUGGGGAGGGAGGGGGGAGGACGACGACAGUAGGUCCGGCCCCCCGCCCCCUCAUUGACAGUAUGGCCCCCACCCGCCGCCCAGGGGUGGGGGCAGGGGGGGUGGAGGACAGUAGGUCCCUCCCCUCAUUAUCAUUUGGCCCCCACCCGCUGCUCAAGGGUGGGGGCCGGGGGGGAGAGGACAGUAGGUCUCCCCCCCCCUCAUUAUCAUUUGGCCCCCACCCGCUGCUCAAGGGUGGGGGCCGGGGGGGAGAGGACAGUAGGUCGCCCCCAUCAUUAUGGCCGCCGCCCGGGGAGGGGGGGUGGGGGGUGAGAGGGGGAAGGACAUUAGGUCCCCCCCUCAUUAUCAUUUGGCUCCGAUCCGCCGCUCAAGAGGACAGUAGGUCCCCGUCCCCCCCAAUUGUAAUUUAUGGCCCCCACCCGCCUCUCAGGGGUGGGGGCCGGGGGGAGGACAAUAGGUCCGUCCCCCCUUAUUGUUAUUUAGGGCCCCCACCCGCUGCGCAGGGGUGGGGGCCGGAUAGGAGGGUUUUUUUUUCAGUGAGCCGCCACAGGCUGCUCACUGUUUAGUGGACAUGCCCCUACACGCGGUAUAGCGAGUAGGGGCAUUGGGGAGAUUUUAAUCUCCCUUAUGCUAUUAUGGGGGUCAUAUUGACCCUCAUAGAGUGAGGGGGGAACUGGGGGGCUUAGCACUGCUCCCUGCCCCUUCUAUUUUUACAUUUUUCAAGGAGGGAGCUGCGCAACGGUAGCUCCCUCCUUGUAAUAAACUGAACGAACAAACGAACACUGAUACAGUGUUAGUUUGUUCUUCUGAUUUUUCUAUUCAUUCAUUUCUCUGAUGAAUGAAUGAAUAGAUGAAAUUCCCGUUCGCAUGUCCAAGUGUUUAACUGGGCAUGUGUGGGCAGAUGACGUAUCCCACAGGGACUUCAUUUACCCACACAAAGAUGGCAGCGCCCUGAAUAUAGAUCGGGGCAGAAAAUAAAAAAUAAUAGGUAAUAUGGGGGGCUUAGGGGCAUUUGGGGGGGGACUAGGGGGUCAAUUGGAUAUAGUGGAGGCUGGUUACAAAAAAAGAAAAACGAGAUUCGGCAUGACAGUGCUGCUUUAAGUUGUAUGUGCACGCUACACACACUUGUUGAAUGGCAAGGAGGAAGUGCAUUUCUCCAGGGAGCAAUCUUAGUAGUUUGCAACAGUUUACAAAUUGCUGCACUUUUAAGUCACUCUGGACACUGGAACAAAGACAUGGACCAGGAAUGUUACAAAGUUAUGACAUUUAGAGUGCAAUCAGGAUUGGAAAAAAGCGCUAGGUCACAGAUUUACUUUUAGGUCCAAAUACAGUAUUUCUGUUUGAUUUCUUGAUUAUGCAUCUUUCUAACAUUUGCUUUCAGCAUCCAAGAAAAGGCAGAAAAAAGAUAGACGUGAUGAAGAUUGGCAAUGUGGAGAACGUGAGAGGAGAAGCUCUGGUGACCACCGCCGCAGUGGGAAUGACAGUCGACGUAGUAGUCGCUACCGUGAUCGUAGCCCAGAGGACUCUGAAAUGGAAGAUUCUCCACCUCCAAGUCUAAGUGACGGCAAGUCUACAGCUCAAAACAUUUUUUAUUUUGCAGUCAUCUAAUGAAAUGGGCAAAUAUUUCCUAAACACAAGCAGAUUUAAUAACCCAGGUUUUGUAGUUGGAGCUAGAAAUUUUAUUUUCAAGUUUGCAAAUAGUUUAAUAAUGGAUUUGUCUGUAUUGAGAUGCUGUUUAUAAAUUAUAUCUAGUCUGUACAAUAAUAAACCUUCUGUAAAUGACAGUGGCCCGGAGAAUGAAGAAAAAGGAACGUCAGAAGAAAAGGAAAGCGUACGAGCCCAAACUAACGCCUGAAGGUAAGAAAUAUGUUAUUGAGAAACAGUGGUAUAGGGUUCUACUUUGUGGUAUCUAAAUGAUGUGUUAAUAUGGAAUAACAAGUUUUAAACUUGCUAGAGAUGAAUAGGCAGAAGGUAACAAAUAUCACUCUUUGCAGACGCCAAUGUGUUGGUAUGAAUUCACCCCGAUUGGAAUCGUUGGAGAGGAUUGCUCUACAUAGAGAAAUUUUCCUAAGCAGUGUCAAUUGUAUUUUAGGGGCAGAGGUGGGAUGGAUAUGAGGAUUAUUAGUAUAAUAAGUCUCUAAUCAUGGCGGAUGGCUGGAUAGUGUGUUACCUCAUGAUAAUUAUUUGUUGCUUUGGGUGCUGUUAUCUCUUAAGGUGAACAUGUAAUUUGAAUAACUGUUUCAGUGCAAGAAUAUUGAUGGCAUACAGAAAAAUUAAACAUUAAUAACAAUCAAUUCCAGCUACUGUUGUAAACCUUUGCUCAAAGGGAUUUUUAUACAUAACUAUCACUAACACCAUAACUAUCACAGCGUAUUGUACUGGUAACAGUGCAAGGACACUUUGAGCGCAGUCCUCAUUUUUCCGAGCAUAAAAUUUUUGCAAACCACUAUUUCCCUAAGACGCAUAAAAGCGCCAAGUAGCCACCGGGGAGGUCUGUCAUUCCCUCUGUAGUUUCAGUUACUUCUCCUUUAUCCACAUUUAUGAAUUACCAUCUUCAAAAACGUUACUCCGGUUCCAUCUUUUGUUAAAGAUUUUAGUCAUUUAUUGAAUUGUUUAAAACGGAAAAAGUUAUUCAUGGCAAUCUAUAGCAACAUUCCUUUUUUAAAUGAUCCACUUUUACCUGAAUUACAAGCCUUGACAUGGUUAAAAUAUAUGGAAUUAGCCCUUACACAUAAUUUUCUUUUAAAAAGAAAUUUUCUUUACAGCCGCAAGGAGCAGCGAUGAGAGCCAGCUUUGCACCUUCAAAUGCCAAUCUUUGUAUGGGCUCUUUUGAUGAGCCUUAUAUUUGGCAGAAUAAUCCUGCAACAUGGCUUUCUAUCGCUGCUUCAUUGACGAUAUUUUAAUUUGGUAGGGUGAGCCCAUUAUAAUCUAACAGUUUAUUUCAUGGAUUAAUGCAAUUGUUUUGGUAUUUCCUUUACAUACAUAAAGGGCACUACAAAUAUUAAGUUUCUUGAACGAUUAUCAGAAACCACUUAAUCUGGAUAGAUAGGCAAUAUUUGGUCUUCAGAAUCCUGCUGUCGCUGCUAAUUUACAACUUAAUCCGAUACCAGUCAUAUUAGAAAUUUAUAUUUAAGAGCUGCAAAACCAUCCAAUAAUAUUUAGAAACCAAAAACCCUUCAAUUAGAUCGUGAGUAGAAUUUUGCCUGAUUCUGAUGACCAGUCUUUGUAUAUCAAUUUUGUAUAGUACAUUUUUUUGUAUAUUUGUCCAAUAUAAUAUUCAUAUUGACCAUACAAAUUUAUGGUUAAUAAUACAAUUAUUUGUUUAGUAUCCAGUAUAAACACUGAGCCUUUGAUUAUUUGCUUUGUAUUAUUGCUUUAUAUCGUGCCCCUUGCACCAUAGUGUUAAAAAUGUAUUUACCUUAGAGUAUCACACUAUACCAGGCAUAGGCAAGCUGUGCACUGCAGAUCUUUUGGACUACACCUCCCAUGAUGAUUUGCCAGCAUUAUGGGUGUAAGAGAAUUAUGGAGGAUGCAGUCCACAACAACUGGAGUGCCAAAGGUUGCCUAUCUCUGCACUAUACCUUUAAGACUAUCCUUAAUAAUAUUAGGGCUAUAUAUAUAUGGAAAAAGUCGAAUUGAUUACAUUUUUGGCAUGCUGAAGUAUGGAACAUUGGUGUCUGAAUAACAUCUUAUUGCAGCAUACAUUUCUCCCUCUGAGACUUAUUCUUACCAAUGGAGGACUAACCUUGAAUUGGCUAUACCACAUUUGGAGUAUAAGGAUUAUACCAUCUUUUCCUUACAUAUAUUUGUGGUCUUUAUAUAUCUCCAUGACCUUAAGGACGUCCUCAAGUGACUAUUGUUUUACCUUUCAACCUACCAGCAUACCAGCUUAUUUCAGCAAGUUUUACCAGGUUAUAUUCACUUGUUAGCUAUUUUCAUUGGAGAACACUAGUCCAAAUGUAUUCAUUUUGUAACUCGUUAUGUAGCGGUUAUAAAAUAUGGAAUAGUGUUUGCUACAUUUUUAUGCUUCUACAAUUUUAAUGGCUUUAAAAUUGUAUCCAUUUUUAGUAGCUAUGGAAGUUGCCUAUACAUAUGUUUAUUUUAAUUCUAUUAGUGAAUACAUUCCAUGUACUUUUGCACAAUCUUUUUUUAAAAUUAUUAUUAAAACCCUAGCUCAUCCGAUGUCCCAGAGCACAGCUGCGACUACAUUUUAACUAUAGAUAGCUUUGGAUCGCAGUAAAAAUGACUCUUGUGUGUCAGUAAAGAUUUUUUUAUUCCGUAUUUUGUAUUACAUUUUAGCAGAAAGGUGUGGUGUUAUCAAAUAAAUGUUUCUACUAUAUUUUCCUUACUAUAGAAUUGAUGGACUCCUCCACAUUCAAAAGAUUUUCUUCAGCUGUAGAAAAUAUUUUGGACAAUUUGGAAGACAUGGAUUUCACAGCAUUUGGUAAGGUUUCUCUUAUGUUAAAAGCAGUAUUUGUAAGUUUAAAAGGGAGCUAUUCAAAAUGUGAUUUAAAUUUAUUUUUAUAUAAGAAAAGUUUAUUAAAAUUACAAAGGUUGCUUAGUAACUUGUAAUGUUUGUGUUUGUCUUUUCUUCCAUUUUUCUUGUCUGUAUUAAUCAAGGCUGUAAGUGUGUAUCUCCUAUGGCUGACUUUGUUUUUAAAUUCUUUCCUGUUCAAUAGAUCACAGCUACAGGCACACCUGUCAUUCAUCUCUUGAGUAGCUCAUUCUGAUCUUUGGGUUCUAUUCCUAUCACUUAAAUAUCUGAUGGGCAAGGAUUUAAGGGAUUAAGCAGUUCACCCUCAAAGAGCAGUUCCACUCAUCACUUGAUGAGCAGAACAUCUUUUUAAACUGAUCAGUUGUUAGUUCAGUUAAAAUAUUGCCUGAUUCAUUGUUCACAGAGCCUGUGAAGAAAGAUAGUCUUCCCCUAAUUUUGCUUGUUGUGUUUGGUAUGUCUGAUGGCGAUAAGUGGGCAUUCAGGAUACCUGAUGGACAGCUCUGUGGGCAUAGAGCUGCAGCAUUUUUUUUUACAAAUUAAACUGGUUUUAAUAUAACACUCUUACAGGAUAUGCAUGAAGGCCUAUAUUUUGUGUGUGUGUGUGUACACAGUGUAUAUGUACAAGUAUACACAAGUACAUACAACAAUAUACAUAUAAAUACAACCAAAUGCCCAAAUAUAUGUACAUCCACACCUAAACAUACAUCCACACACAAGCACCAAUACAUGUACCUACACAUACAUAGACCUAUGUAUAUGUACACAUACAUGUAUUCAUGUAUAUAUACACUUUAUACACACACAUACAUAUGUGUGUGUAUACGCAUACACAUAAACAUAUCCAUAUACAUGCACAUGAACUCAUAUACACAAAUAUGAAUGCACAGUCACAUAUAUAAGCAUACAUGCAUAAAAGCAUAGGUCUACCCAUAGUAUUUUCUAUAUAGAUAUAAUAAACAUAUCAUUGAAAUGCAUUUUAAAGUUUUGAUACAUAUGACAGAACAGUAAGAUAAUGCUGAGGGAGUGUUCAUGUAAAGUGUUGGUAUUGGGACAGGAAACCCAAAUCAAUAUUUAGUCCUCUAUUCUUGCUGUAAAACAAUUGGAUCAUUUUGGCUUCAAAUGUUUUUCUUUCAGUACUUUGAUUUUUGAGUCCUUCAUUAAGUGGCAAGGCUGGGUAAAAUGGUUUCCCACAGGAGUGCAGUAGGAUUCUUCUUUGUGGUGUUUAAUGGAGUUUCUGUGCAUAUUCAUUCUGCCGUUUAAUUUCUCUCUCUCGUCCUUCGCUCUGUGAUCUUCACAACAAGAUAUUUACGACCCUCUGCGAGAAUGGGGUCUAUUUUCUUUUACACCUGUGUCUUAUCUGCACUCAUGUCCUUUAACCCCUGUAUCUCAACUCAACUUUGAAUUCUAUGUGUCGUCUUGCUCAGAAAUGAUUUAGACUUGAGAAAGGGAGGUGCUCCUGAAAGCUUGUCAUUAAAAAAUUGUUAGUCCAAUAAAAAAGAUAUAACAAGGUACAAAUGUAAUUUUUUUUUAAAAAAAAUACAUUUAUAAAAAUCUAACAUGUAUCAAAAACGGUUUUUAAUUAAGAUUCAUGUACAUCUGUGUGCGACAUGUUGAAGCUUUAUAACUAAAAUCAUUUGUAUGUUUUUUUUGUGACUAUAUAAUCCUUAAAAUCUCUAGGUAAGUUUGUUUAUCCCGAUUAGAGAUUACUACUGCAAAAUCUUCUAAAUCGGCCCUUAAAAAUUUUAAUUCUUGAUUGGUUUUCAGGUGAUGAUGAUGAGAUUCCGCAAGAGCUCCUCCUGGGCAAACAUCAGCUUAGUGAGCUGGGGAGUGAGUCUGCUAAAAUUAAAGCUAUGGGCAUUACGAAUAAGGUAAACUGAAUGAAAACAGAAGGCAUGUGAUGUCCUUGUUGCUCUUUACCAUGCACCUUAUAAUUCCAUUAAUGUCUGUAGUACCUUGUACAUCAUCAUUAAUUGUAUUUCUCAUUUGCAUCAGAUCUCCUCUGAAAAAAUGGUCAAGUUACUAGGAAUUCUUGAAAAGAACAUUCAGGAUGGUUCUAAGCUUUCAACAAUGAUGAACCAUGUAAGUGCCCUCCUUCCUCCCCGGUAUAAAAAAAAAGUUUAAAAGGUACAUUUCAGUAUCUUUUACAGUGAGCCCAAAAAUGUUAUUGUCAAUAGUGUACAAAAUUAUGUUCAGAUGUUUUGUGUCGCAUUGUGGAUUAUUGUAGUGAGGUAUCCACAGUAAGUAUUAUUGAGAAUAAACAGAUCUUUUUUCUCAAUGAUGCUUACUGUCAUGUCUCAUGGUGCUCUUUGGUGUGUUUAAAGUGUCUAUCAUUGUCUGGGAUAUUUGUAUAUAUUGUAUCACAGUACAAAGAAGAAUCUUCAGGCACUAGCAGUGUGCAAACAACAAACAGUUUUAUUGGAUUAAAAUCGUGACAGACUAACGUUUCAAUGUUCUAUAAGUUCUUUGUCAAGCGUCAAACACAUGUUUGUCACUAUUUUUGAUUUAAUAAAACAAAGCAUUUACUGGUUCUCCUUCAAUGCCAUGGGACCGGUUCUUAUCCUGACAUGUUCAAGGAAAUAUAGGUAUUUCAAUCUAUCAAAUCUGAAAGGAAUUUGAUGCAUAAGCAGCUAUAUAAGGGCUACUUUAUGUUAGACACCACAGUUUUAUUUGCACAGUGGUCUCCGUUGCAUAAGAGCGUACAUGCACACAGUCGUUUAAAAAUAAAAAUAAAUUAAUAUUUUGUAUGGCUCAAAAUAUGAAAUGAUUGUUAGAGCACUGUGAGUAUAUUGAUGAUUUACAUCAAUUCACUUGAAAACGAGAGAAAUAUCAAUGUAUCCUUCCUGGUAAAAUAUUUUAUGAAUAAAUUAAUCUCAGAAAUGAGCACGUGUUGGGAGUUAAAUGUUUUAGCAGAUUAGGAAAAUGAUUUCUAGAUCAAAACAAGCUGUGGAUUCAGUGCUGGUGUGCUGAUACGAUGCAGUUUAUUUACUUGUUGAAAUGGCAAUUACAUGGCAAUUCUUCUUCAAUUCCCUAGAAUAAUGAUGCAGAAGAUGAGGAAAAACUAUGGCGAGAUCUGAUUAUGGAACGAGUGACAAAAUCUGCGGAUGCCUGUUUGACGGCAAUCAACAUUAUGACUUCACCUAGCAUGCCGAAGGCAGUGUAUAUAGAGGAUGUAAUAGAACAUGUUAUUCAAUACACUAAAUUCCAUCUACAAAACACACUUUAUCCACAAUACGACCCUGUCUAUAGGUUGGAUCCCCAUGGAGGUGAGUGAUAUACUGCAGUCAGCUGACUGAAUCUUGUCAAGCUAUUGAAAAUUUAUGAUAAUGUGAAUGCUCUAUUACAUUUAAUAGGGGAGAACAACCGCCUCCACCUAAUUUAUCAGUAACUGCACAGUCAAAUUCACGUUUGAAGUUAUUGUGAUGUGCUUGUAGAGUUGUGUUUUCAGCUCUUGACGUUUAACUUUUAAUUUUGCCUGUUCUGAUGCAGGGGGCUUAAUGAGUUCUAAAGCGAAACGAGCAAAGUGUUCGACCCACAAGCAGAGAGUCAUUGUGAUGCUCUAUAAUAAAGUGUGUGACAUUGUGGCCAGCUUAUCUGAACUGUUGGAAAUACAGCUGCUUACAGACACCACUAUACUUCAGGUAAUAUGAUGCAUGCUCUCUUACAUUACGGCAAAAAAACACCUUUGCCACAUUCCUUGAAGGCUUUUAGAAAUGCUACUUUCCACAUGCAAUUAAUUUAUUUUCUAGUUCAGGAUUUAACCACUAAUAAAAAGUGAAUCUUGUAUGUUUAGCUACUAUUUGAUUACCGUUGCUGCUUACACUGGUAUUAUUGUUUCCCUCUAAAGGUGUCGUCCAUGGGGAUUACUCCAUUUUUCGUGGAAAAUGUAAGCGAACUGCAGCUCUGCGCCAUCAAGUUGGUCACUGCGGUAAGAAUGUACUAUGUUUUUUUUCCCCCUGUGUUUAUAGAUAUUUUCUUGAUCUGCGUUUGAGUUGGCCUUAUAAGGUUUUUGGUUACGUGUCUAGAAGUCUGUGGUAUUGCAUUGUACAUCUCCCUGAUUCCCUGCACAGGCUUUAACUCACCUUUAUUUCUACCUCAUGCUACUUGAAACUGAAUCAUUUUUUGCCAAUUUAACUUUGCUUUCAUUUAUUUGUAUAGAUGCCAUUUAGUGUGAUUAUAGAUGUAUUUAUUGCGUCAUUUAUUGCUUUCGGUCCAGAAUUUUAUUGUACCCAGUGUUUAAAUCCAGAAUUCCAUGAAGCACACGAUCACAAUAUUAAAAUGUCUGUUUUUUUUUUUUAAAUUAAAUUUACGGUUACACAUUAAACAUUUACUAGUUUUCUCAUUUGUGAUCUCACUCAAAUACAUGCAGACUGCAUGUGUAGGGCUACAAAACAGAAAAUCUCACCCGUUUAUCCAAUAUUUUCUGUUUCUGUUAGUUUUAUAUAUAGUUGCAGUAUUCAUUCUCCUUAUCCAUACAUGUUAUUUUAAAUAAAUGAUUGUUUACCCUGGAUAUGCUGGAAGUGUUCAAAAAAUAAAACUCUAACUGUCCAAAGGGUGUGAUCUGGGAUCCAGAGUGGCUUCAAGUAAUUAAAUGCCGAAAGAUGGGUUGGGUAUAUAGCUUUUGGCACUCCCGUCACAUACAAUUGGAAACCGGUUUCAAUUACUUGUCCUAUGUUCUUGUAGGUAUUUUCCAGGUACGAAAAGCAUCGGCAGCUCAUUUUGGAAGAGCUGUUCACAUCUCUUGCAAGACUACCAACUAGUAAAAGGAGCUUGAGAAAUUUCAGGUACUCAUACUCCACAAAAUGUAUUUUUUCAUGUUAAGUCACUGCAUGCAAUAUUAUUUUUGGGGUGUAUUGGUGCUUAUUAGUUUUUAUAGUAUAUGUAAAAAAAAAAAAAAAAAACUUCUCGCCCUGUAAUGAAGGUUCAAUUAACUUGUAUAAAUAAAAAUCCUGUCCUAUUGUGUUUUAUACCCCACCUCCUCUAGACUGUAAGCUCUUUUGAGCAGGGUCCUCUUCAUCAUAUUGUUCCUGUAGGUUUUUGUAAUUGUAACAUUUAUUGUUAAAACUCCCUCUCCUAUAAUAUUGUAAAGCUCUACGGAAUUUGUUGGCGCCAUAUAAAUUGGCGCCAUAAUAAUAUGAUUGAAUGCUUUAUCAGGUUAAACAGCAGUGAUGACGAUGGAGAAGCAAUGUACAUUCAGAUGGUGACAGCCUUGGUCUUACAGCUCAUACAGUGUGUGGUCCAUCUACCAUCAGAUAGAGACAAUGCAGAGGAAGAGUCAUCGAACAAAAAAGUAAUACUUUUACAGAUUAUUUAUAUUUUGAUUGUUUUAAUUUUGUUUGUUUCAUAAUGUCUUCUGUGUCUCCAGGUUGACCAAGAUGUGUUCAUCACAAACUCCUAUGAAACAGCCAUGAGAACAGCACAGAAUUUUCUCUCAAUUUUCUUGAAAAAGUGAGUUAUUGGUGCUUGCUUUGAUCAUGUUGUGAUUUCUACCGCUAACGAAGUACUGAAUUAACCAGUUACAUUGAGGAAUUCCAAACCCUCUGACAACAUAGCAGCUCUUCUAUGUAAAAUUUGGAUUUAAGUGAGCAUUUUCCAAAAGUUUUACAGUAUAUUCCCCAGGUGUGGAAGCAAACAGGGGGAGGAGGACUACAGGCCACUGUUUGAGAACUUCGUUCAGGACCUUCUUUCUACAGUUAACAAACCAGAGUGGCCUGCUGCAGAACUGCUCCUCAGCUUACUGGGAAGACUUCUGGUAAGGCUUUAUAAUCUAGACUUUAAUUAUAUUCUCAUGUAUGCAGUCUAAAUCCAUACAUUUUUGCAUGAUUUUUUUUUCUCUUCUCCAAAGCAAUCCAUGAUAAAAUUCUUUAUUUGUAUGUUCUAACCCCCAGGGUUGUAGAUAUUUUAAUGUAAGUAAUUUCUGUGAACACACUGGUUUAAAGAAUAAUAUAGGGCACUAUAAAUUGGCGACACAUCACAGUGCUCAAUUAAAGUAGUGUGAUAAACUGAAGUACUUACGGCAGAAAGCGAGAUUAAACAAAUUAAAUUACCUACAAAGGAAAAUAAAGCAUGUAAUGCUCAAGGAUUUUGUGAUGCAAGCAAUUAGAUAUCUUUUAAAUUAAAGGGACUAGUCACCAGAACCACUACAACUUAAUGUAGUUGUUCUGGUGUUUAUAGGAUGUACCUUCAUGCUUUUUAAUAUAAAAGCUGACUUUUAAAAGAAAAUGCAGUGUUUACAUUGCUGCUAGUAACACCUCUAGUGGCAGUCACUCAGAUGGCCACCAGUGGUGGUUCCUAUCUCAGUGCUUCACACAACGCCUACCUUCAGACGCUGAACGUUCUCCAUAGAUAUGCACCGACUGAAUGCAUUUUUAUGAGGAGAUGCUGACCGAUGCAGCGUGGUGUCAAACACAUGCCGAAUAGCUUCCUAGUAGGAAAGCAAAGUAUUGGCUGAAAUCAUCAAGAUGGGGGGGAGGGAGUGAUUAAAAACAAUUUCCCCUGUGAUUGGAGGGGGGCUAAUCACCUAAAUAAUGCAUGUCUUUAUUCUUGACACUUUAGUAUUCCUUUAGGUGUUUUGUAUACUAUACAUUGUGCGAGAGGGAUAAUCUGUUCCUUAUUGCAGUGCCUAGUAGGAUAAGGUUGCUCCCCAACCUUCAAUGUGAAUGCAACCUGGAAGUGGCUGAGAUAAACAGAAAUAUAAUUUUAAUCACACUUUUGCCUUUGUCCGCACAAUGUAUAGAUGGAAAAGGUAACUGAUACAGGACUUUGUUUUUGCACUGCAACUUUAAGCACAUUAACUCAUUGCAGCUUUCCCUACUUCCUACCCACCUAUUCCACACAUCCUAUUAAAACCAGCUCCAAAAGUAUAAAAAGAUCUCCAAACUUAAACAGAAUUUUGAGAACAAAUAUGCAAAUUUAAGUUAAAAUGCUUAAGCUGUUGAUAGAGUUGUAUUUGAUCCUAAGCACUCUAUGAUUCCACUCUGUGAAACCAUAAUGAUCUAGUGGUUUUUUUUGUGAUUUAUUUAUUUAAUUUAUUCUAGAUAAAAUAGUUCUUGUCUUAAUGUAAAAAAUAUACAAGUAGGAACAAGGAAUGAUUUUAAUGAUCCAUUAAGAGUCCACAACUUAGAUAUAUAAUGCAUUUUUUAAUUGUUGUGUAGGUGCAUCAGUUUAGUAACAAGUCGACGGAGAUGGCACUCAGAGUAGCUUCUUUGGAUUAUUUGGGCACUGUGGCUGCAAGGCUCAGAAAAGAUGCAGUUACCAGCAAAAUGGACCAGGGAUCAAUCGAUCGGAUCCUUAAACAGGUAACCUGAAUUAUACUGCAUUACUUUGACUUACGUGACCGAUCUACACAGAAAGCAUAACCACUUUGAACAUAUAAGAAAAUGGACUACAAAUUAUCACUUUUAAAUUCAAUCUUAUUUUAUAAUAUACUCAAAUAUUUGUUUUGUUCCCCUUAACAGUUGCACUCUUCUACUGGGGGCAUCAACACCCAUCUGUGCAGUUUAAACCUGCUUCGGUAGAAUGUAUAGCAGUUUACUAUAAACUCUAUGGCAUCGCAAAUAUUACCCAGAAAUCACUUUGCUAAAAUCACUAGUUAGAAACAGAAGCUGAGGUUUCUUCAUUGCAGUCAAAGUAUUUAUAGCUCCCACCUUCUUUUUUUAACUGUUUUGUUAAUAAAUGUAAUAACCUGGCCAUAGUUAUCCCAUUUUUCUAAUAAACAUGGUAAAUUUCCACACAAAUGAUUAUGGCGGUCUUCAUUACCUUUAACUGUUUUUUUCUUUUUGUGCAGGCCCCAAAAGGUGAGGAUGAAAUUCAGCAGCUCCAGAAAGCCCUACUAGAUUAUUUGGAGGAUAAUACAGAGACUGAUCCAUCACUAGUGGUAAGUUUUGCCAGCUUUCAAUCAUUUCGAUUGGGCUAUUAAAUUACUAUAUGCGAAUGAUCCUUUCAAAAGACACAAAGUUGGUAAAAACUUUUCCUAAACUGUUCACAAACUCCUUUCCUUCAGUUUUCUAGAAAGUUUUAUAUAGCCCAGUGGUUUCGGGACACUACAAUGGAGACUGAGAAAGCCAUGAAAUCCCAAAAGGACGACGAUGGAUCUGAUGGAGCUCAUCAUACAAAAGAAAUUGAAUCCACGGGUGAUAUUAUGCAGCGAGCAGAGAAACGCAAAAAGUUCCUCAGGAACAUCAUUAAAACAGCGCCAUCUCAGUUUAGCACUUUGAAGUAUGAUUUUCACAUUAUUUACCUUUGCUCUUCCUCUAGGUUGAAUUAUAUGUUUAUAACUCCAUGUCUUAUUUCCCUCCAGGUCAAGCUCAGACACUGUGGACUAUGAUGAUGCUUGUUUAAUUGUACGAUACUUGGCCUCUAUGAGGCCGUUCGCUCAGAGCUUUGAUAUUUAUUUGACUCAGGUAAAGGCUCUGAUUAAAAUUUUUACUCCGUUCCUGUGUGUGUCUUGCUAGAGGCUCAUUAAAAAGGCAGUAAUUCCAGAUAUAAAUAUCUCUUUCUAUAUAAGAUGACCCUUGUGUAAAUGGUACUUGGUUGGCAUACAACAAGGCACUGUUCUUUCUUUUUAAACUUUUUAGUUUAGGUUUUUUUUUUAAAUUAAUUAUGGUCUCAUAUUUUGAUUUUUCCACAGAUUCUGCGGGUACUUGGGGAGAAUGCUAUUGCAGUUAGAACAAAAGCCAUGAAAUGUUUAUCCGAAGUAGUUGCUGUAGAUCCCAGCAUUCUUGCAAGGGUAAGGCUGAGGUUUAAUAGUGCAGGUUGUUCUGCUGCUCUUUAAAACACCUUUUAGUGUGUGGUUUAGGUAACCUCUAGUUGUUCCUUUCCUUCAGCUGGAUAUGCAGAGAGGAGUUCAUGGGAGGCUGAUGGAUAACUCAACCAGUGUUCGAGAGGCAGCUGUGGAGCUUCUUGGUCGGUUUGUGCUGUGUCGACCUCAGCUUGCAGAGCAGUAUUAUGAUAUGCUGAUUGAGAGAAUUUUGGUAAGUAGACGGGAAAGAUAAUCUUAAUCAUCACUAGGUGCUACUGUGAUAAAAUUCAAAUACUUAAUUAUUGGAGGGAAUAACAGUGUGUUAGCUGAGUGAUUGCUAGCUAAUACUGUGAUAGCUCACUAAUCUCAUUCUGUUAUUGGAGGGAAUAACUGUGUUUUUGAGUGAUUACUAGCUAAUACUGUGAUAGUUCACUGAUCUUCUUCUGUUAUUGGAGGGAAUAACUGUGUUAUCUGAGUGAUUGCUAGCUAAUAAUGUGAUAGCUCACUGAUCUAAUACUGUUAUUGGAGGGAAUAACUGUGUGUUAUCUGAGUGAUUACUAGCUAAUACUGUGAUAGCUCACUGAUCUCAUUCUGUUAUUGGAGGGAAUAACGGUUAUCUGAGUGAUUGCUAGCUAAUACUGUGAUAGCUCACUGAUCUCAUUCUGUUAUUGGAGGGAAUAACUGUGUAUUUGAGUGAUUACUAGCUAAUACUGUGAUAGCUCACUGAUCUCAUUCUGUUAUUGGAGGGAAUAACUGUGUGUUAUCUGAGUGAUUACUAGCUAAUACUGUGAUAGCUCACUGAUCUCAUUCUGUUAUUGGAGGGAAUAACGGUUAUCUGAUUGCUAGCUAAUACUGUGAUAGCUCACUGAUCUAAUACUGUUAUUGGAGGGAAUAACUGUGUUAUCUGAGUGAUUGCUAGCUAAUAAUGUGAUAGCUCACUGAUCUCAUUCUGUUAUUGGAGGGAAUAACUGUGUUAUCUGAGUGAUUGCUAGCUAAUACUGUGAUAGCUCACUGAUCUCAUUCUGUUAUUGGAGGGAAUAACUGUGUUAUCUGAGUGAUUGCUAGCUAAUAAUGUGAUAGCUCACUGAUCUCAUUCUGUUAUUGGAGGGAAUAACUGUGUUAUCUGAGUGAUUGCUAGCUAAUACUGUGAUAGCUCACUGAUCUCAUUCUGUUAUUGGAGGGAAUAACUGUGUUAGCUGAGUGAUUGCUAGCUAAUACUGUGAUAGCUCACUGAUCUCAUUCUGUUAUUGGAAGGAAUAACAGUGUGUUAGCUGAGUGAUUGCUAGCUAAUACUGUGAUAGCUCACUGAUCUCAUUCUGUUAUUGGAAGGAAUAACAGUGUGUUAGCUGAGUGAUUGCUAGCUAAUACUGUGAUAGCUCACUGAUCUCAUUCUGUUAUUGGAAGGAAUAACAGUGUGUUAGCUGAGUGAUUGCUAGCUAAUACUGUGAUAGCUCACUGAUCUCAUUCUGUUAUUGGAGGGAAUAACUGUAUUUGAGUGAUUACUAGCUAAUACUGUGAUAGCUCACUGAUCUCAUUCUGUUAUUGGAGGGAAUAACUGUGUAUUUGAGUGAUUACUAGCUAAUACUGUGAUAGCUCACUGAUCUCAUUCUGUUAUUGGAGGGAAUAACUGUGUAUUUGAGUGAUUACUAGCUAAUACUGUGAUAGCUCACUGAUCUCAUUCUGUUAUUGGGGGGAAUAACGGUGUGUUAUCUGAGUGAUUGUUAGCUAAUACUGUGAUAGUUCACUGAUCUCCUUCUGUUAACUGUAGAGGAAAGCAGUGUGUUAGCUGAGUGAUUGCCAGCUUCUGCUGUGAUAGCUCACUGACUUCAUUCCAUUACUGGAGAGAAUGACAGUGUGUGAUCUGAGUGAUCACAAGCUACGUGUGAUAUAACUCACCUUUACAUGGAAUCAGUGAUAGGUUCCUUUAGGUGUCAAUGAGCUAAUGCAGAGAUAGCCUUAACUUGUUAUGUUUGUAGUCUGGCCGAUCUGCAGCUUCCCAAAAAUUAGUAAGUGACAAAAGUCAAGUCGGAAAAGAUUUCAUUUCUGCACAUGUCGUUACUUUGGGGAUUUAGCGGAGUAAAACUUACCAGUGCAAUAGACAAAGUGUUGGACAUAGGAAAUGUAACAAAAUAACAACUGCAACCACUGUAUGGUGGAUCCGUAAUCCACAACUAAUGUAAACAGCAGGAAAAAUUACAGGCUGCACAAUAACGGCAAUCUAAAAUCAGAGAUUUAUUGUCAGACCUACACAUUUACAACCUUUCAUCUCACAGCCUUAAUCAUGUACUCAUACAUGAUUAAGGACAUGAUGCUGAAACGUAUGGGUUUUUAAAAGUGUGUUUUUUCGGUUUUUUAAUGUCUCAUCUGACAAAUUUCUGAUUUGGGAUUGUUGCUACUGCAGAGCUUGUACAUUUCCUGCUGAGUAAAAUGUGCUGUAUUUUUCUGCACUUGAACUUAUUUUACAAAAUCCAUACAACACUGCAAUUUGUGUCUGAAAAAUACACAAGAAAAAAAAAUUAUAUUUCCAUUUCAAACCAAUUGCUUUAAAUAAAAAUAAGAUCGUUGCUUUUUAGGUACUUCAGAUAAGGUAGGAAUAAAAUCUACCAUUCUCAUAAAAGUAAAUAUUUGCUCUUUUUAACAGCAACUUUAAAAUGAGUUACUUUAAAAAAAAGAAAUGGAAAUCGUUCUAAUAUUAAAUGAAAGCAUAGGGGGUUGUCUGUCAAGUACAACAAUUCUGUUCACAAUAUCUGGUUCCUAAAACUUGAAUAACAAGCUAUUGUAUGAAUAAAGGUUUUCAUGAUUGUUCCAUUCUUGUCUGUGUGCAGGACACUGGUAUCAGUGUAAGGAAAAGAGUAAUAAAAAUCUUAAGAGACAUUUGCUUGGAGCAACCAACAUUUCCAAAAAUCACUGAGAUGUGUGUGAAAAUGAUCCGCAGAGUGAAUGAUGAGGAGGGCAUUAAGGUAAGAAGAAAAGAAAAAAAACAUUUUUGCAUAUAUCAUUGCUGCACAGUAAAACCACCAAAAGGGGUAUUUUGUCUUGCAUACCUUUUGUUUAAACCAGAGAACUUUAUUUUAAUGACAUUCAGUGUAUUCAUGAAAGGUGAGUGAGCACAGACUAAAUUUGACCAAAGUAACAGACUUAUUUCUACAAAUCAACCAAAUGAGAUGAUUUUUUCCCUCCUUUCAUUUAGUUAUUUUGCCCCAAGUUUUGAAAGAUUGUUCAUGAUCUGCCAUCUAUUUAAUCGAUUUUUUUUGAAUUUUCAGCCAUUUCCACACUAUUUGAAAUAUUAUAUCACAUGUCUCAUUUAGAAAAAUGUUCAUGUGUCCAUCUGACCUGCUCUUCCUAAUUUUCUCAUAGUGUACAUUUAAUAAACAAGUAGUAGUACAGAUAUUUGUUUCUGUAAGGACCUUUUUCUCUCUAAAAAAAAAAAAUUUACAGGCAUUUUUAAAUCCUUUCUAUGACUAGCAUUCUAUUUUCUGCAUUAAUUUCUCCUCUUUGUGCUCUUGUAUAAGAAUGUUUCUCACAAACACUGUCUGCACAAUUAAUUUUCCUCAUUUUCCAUGAUUAUAUAUGUGUAUUCUCUCUCUCUCUCUCUCUCGUGAGGUCUCAUUUUGAAUUUAUAUACCGUACCCCCCACCCCUUCCCACAUGAAAUGUGUGCAGAUUAAUAAUGUCUACAUGUAAUGGAAGUAAAAUAAUCACUUCUUUCAGAAACUAGUAAAUGAAACAUUCCAGAAGCUCUGGUUCACCCCAACACCUCAGAACGAUAAGGAAGCAAUGACCAGGAAAAUCCUGAAUAUAACAGACGUGGUAAGAAAGGAUAUAUUUCCUAACUUAACGUAAUGUAUUGUUGCAAUUAUUAUCUAGUUAUUCACUGUACCCCUCCGUAUUUUAGGUUGCAGCUUGUAGGGAUACAGGCUAUGACUGGUUUGAGCAACUUCUUCAGAAUGUGAGUAUAGCUAAAAAUCUAAUUACCUACUUUUGGUCUACCCUUGCACCUGGAAACUGUGCAUCCCUCUAAAAGUUUUAUGUAGGACUUGGCACUAUUGCUGAUUAAACGGUGCUAUUCAUUAUACAAGGGAGAGCACUUAACAGAUAUUUGCAAUUUUGAUGUUAUAUGUCUCGAUCAUAGAUUACACCGCUGCUCUUGAUGUUCUCACUAUUCCCCACAUUCUUCUAUUCUAAUUCCACAAGCUAUUCUGGUCUCCUCUCAUCUGAUCGAGGGUGCAAUAAAUGGAUAGCUCUAACUUGGCAUUUUUUGUUGCUAAACAUAACAUUUUGGCUUGAGUAGUUAAAUAAGACCUAAUCACUUAACAGAUUUGUUUUACACCGUGACUGUGUUUGCUUGAUAGCUGUUAAAGAUCGAAGAAGAUGCUUCAUAUAAACCCGUGAAGAAAGCCUGCACCCAGCUGGUUGACAACCUUGUCGAGCACAUCCUGAAAUACGAGGAGUCCAUGGCUGGUAUGUUCUUCCAAAGCUAUUAUUUCAGCCUAAUUUUGUAAUGCAUACAUCACAGACCCCUUAAACGUUGUAACUCACCUCAGAUGCGUUCUCUGGAAGAAAGGAGGAACCCUAAAAGCCAAGCAGAUUUUCCAAGGCGGCAAGAAAAAAAAGUUUAUUUUUAAAAUAAAAACUUUUUGACUAGUUUCGAAUCUCAUCAUUCAAAAAAAAUUUAAUCCAUUAAAGCAUAUAAUUGUGUUUUUUGAACUUGUAGUUAUGGCACAUUAUCCCACCCUUCAUCUCUGCAGUUUGUUGCAAAGAAAACUACUUUUCUUUCAGCACACCAGGCUUAGUAAAUUAUUUCACUGAUGUCUUUUUAAUCCCCUGUUUGUAUUUUAUUUACAGAGACUGACAGCAAAGGUGUGAAUUCCGGUCGUUUGGUUGCUUGCAUAACCACUCUGUUCUUAUUCAGCAAAAUCCGGCCUCAGCUUAUGGUUAAGCAUGCCAUGACCAUGCAGCCUUACCUUACCACUAAAUGUAGCGUAAGUACAUAUGACACAAUAUUCCAAGCUUAGCAGACUUCAUGUACUCCCCAUGUAAUCUGUUUUACAAACCGUUUUUUUGAAUCUUGUAUUUAUUUAUUUUUAAUUGGUAUUUAAAUGUCCUCUGUUUUGCUCAGUAGGCAUGCUUUUCAAAUUCCCUUUAAAAAGCAAAAUAAUAAUACAUCUCUAGUUUAGGUAGAAUUAUAAACUCCCACUGCAUUGAGAUAUUUACUAUCUGCAACACAAACUCAGUGAACUAAUUUAAGGUUGAUGGCCAUAAUAGAGAAACUAUGAGUGUUAUUUACUAAAGGAAAAAUUGUUGGCAAUGCAAAAUUAAUUUCCGAUUUAAGGCCAAAAUUGCCAAACUGGUUGUAAUAGUUAGCUAUGCUUCCAGUUCCGCUAUUUUUGCUUUACAUUUUAAAUUCACUUUGAAUAUCUGGCAAUAUUCUUCUUUUUUUUAAUUUAUUUUUUUUAAGUGAAUAAUGCUGUAUGCAAUACUUUAACCAGAAUGAAAUGAAAAAGGAUUCAUUCACAUUAUACCUUUAAAUUGAAAUGUUGAAGCCUAAAUUAACUUGUACGGUGAUCUUGGUCCCCCUCAUUUUUUUAAAUGCAUUUCACACGGUUUUCUUUUUAACAGACACAAAAUGAUUUCAUGGUGAUAUGCAAUGUUGCCAAAAUCUUAGAAUUGGUUGUCCCGCUUAUGGAGCACCCCAGCGAGACAUUCUUGGCAACAAUUGAGGAAGAUCUCAUGAAGCUUAUUAUCAAAUACGGCAUGACGGUAAGCCACUCAUUCUUCACUAACAUUUAUAUAUAGUGCUUAUCGGUUUUCUUUUUGGUCGUGUAGAAAUUAUAUUGUAUCUGAGGUAGCAAGUAUUAUUUUUGCUUUUUCAAUCUUCUGAUUCAAAGAUGUUUGUUAAAUAUGUUAAAUAGUGCUGCUAAUGAUUUUAGUAUGUUUACCGUUGAAAUAGGUAGUCAAAUUGACCCCUUAAAGGACCACUAUAGUGCCAAGAAAACAAGCUUGUUUUUCUGGCACUAUAGGGUCUUUAGAUCCCCUCCCCACCCUCAGGGUCCCACUCUCGCCGGGCGGAAAGGGUUAAAAUCUUACCUUUCUCCAGCGUUGGGCUCCCUCGGCGUUGGGGAACUCUCUCCAUCUUCCGACGUCAGCGCUGAAUGCGCAUGCACGUCAAGAGCUGUGCUCAUUCAAUCAGUCUAUAGGAAAGCAUUUCUCAAUGUGACGUCUGGAUUAACCCUAUUGUAAACAUAGCAGUUUCUCUGAAACUGUUUACAGCUGCAGGGUUAACCCUAGAUGGACCUGGCACCCAGACCACUUCAUUGAGCUGAAGUGGUCUGGGUGCCUAUAGUGAUACUUUAAACAUAACAUUCCUAUAUGCACAUCAUGCGGCUUACCACACGUAAGACAUCACAUGUGAUGUCACUGCUGUCCAGCACCAACUUGAUAACGUAUAGUGCCAGUGCUAUAUGGAAUGAUUCCAUGUACAUGAAGUCCAUUCAUUUACAUGUGCAAUUAACAGAGCACUCUAGUGAUGGCUAAUACUUUCAGCAUUUAAAUUAAAGCCAUUGCCAAAGCUAGACAUCAUUGGUAUAACCUAUAGUACGUUUGAAAUGAUAUGCUUGAUUUUUGAAACCCUAUUAUUGAAUAUAUGUGUGUAUUUUAUAUAUAAGCAAAAAUACACACACUGCUCAAAAUGUUCACCCCUGGUGAGUAUACCAUUAUCCCUCUGGGCUUGCAGUAUAUAUAAUGUAUAUCCUGAAUGUAUGUGUAUUUAUACUAACAUUUAAUCUUAUUUAUUUCCAUUUCAGGUGGUCCAGCAUUGUGUCAGUUGUCUGGGAGCGGUUGUAAAUAAAGUAACCCAAAAUUAUAAGUUUGUUUGGGCCUGUUUUAACAGAUAUUAUGGUAAGAAAGUAUUGUGACUUGUAAGCACAAGUUAGGCUGCAUAGUGUUAAUAUUUUUGAAACUCUUGACAACACCAGUUGUAUUGGUUGCUGGCGCAGAGGUUUAGUCUGUCAUGAAUAUAAACAGCACGGUGUUCGUUAUAAGUAAUGCUAUAUGCAUAGUUCGGGAACGUCAUGUCUAUUAUUCGAUUUAUUUGUAUAGACCAGGCAUAGGCAGCCUUCGGCACUCCAGAUGUGUUGGACUACACCUCCCAUGAUGAUUUGCCAGCAUUAUGGGAGUAAGCAUUAUGGGGGAUGUAGUCUACACCAUCUGGAGUGCCGAAGGUUGCCUAUCCCUGGUAUAGAUGAAACACGGACAUCUUACAUCUAGGAUAUACUUCAUUGUUAAAUCUUUUUCCUAUCUUUGCAAAAUAUCUAAAAACUGCUAGAGAUAAUAUUACCAUAGAUUUCUGCUGGUAUUUAAAAUGUAUAUUUGUUUUGAAAUAGUUUUAAUAGUCUGUGUGGCAAGAAUUCUGAUAUUGUCACCUGUGUGGUAUAAGUUGGUUUUGCAGAUGUGCUGUAGGAGUAGAAGCUCCCUGUUGUGUAGCUCUCUUGGCAUUUAGUUUAUGCUCUAAAUAAAAGCCAACAUGUCGCACAGGUGUAUGUGUAGUUUGAGCGUGUUUAUUUUGUAUAGUUUUGUAUUAUAAAUUUAGUUUUUUGUUCUUUUUGUAAAUUCUUUUUUUUUCUUUUUUUCUUACAGGAGCACUUUUAAAAUUAAAAAGUCAGCAUCAAGAAGACCCAAACAGUACUGUCCUCACUACAAACAAGCCAGCACUUCUUCGAUCCCUCUUUACAGUUGGAGCAUUGUGUCGCCAUUUUGAUUUUGAUCAGGAAGACUUCAAAGGAAGCAGUAAAGUAAAUAUUGCGGUUUGUAAUCCAUUUUUUUCAUCUCAUUCAUUGCCAUUGCAUGUAAAAAUCAUUAAAUUAGUGAAAAAAACAGGUUUAUAGAGAGCGCAAAAAAAAUAUCAGUAAAAUAGUGGAUUUUCGAAGCAAGUGCUUCAAAUUAUGAUUAUCCACAAGAAAAAGUUAAUACAAAGCUGCCGGAUACACUAAAAACCUUCCCAAGUUUUAAAACAUCAUGUGUGACAUAAAUUGAAAUAAAAACAGUAUCAGCGCUUAGUUAAUAUACCCCUAUUUUUUGUAUAUGGGUCAACAACAAAAAUAUAUUGAAUAAAUUAAAGAGUCCCAGUUUCAAUCUUCAUGGGGUGUUUUCAAAUGUCCGCAGGGAUUUGAUAGUUGUAACAGUAAUUGAUGUAAAAAGACUUUGUCUUUAUAUGUAUCCAACAAUUAAAAGUGGUGAAACUUAUUUCUAAGGUUCACAAUAAAAACGUAGAAAUGCAGAAUAUUGGUUGGUGAAUAUAAAGUUACCGCUCCAUGGGUGUUAUUUCCAGACCGGUCCUGUGCACUCGGAUCGAUCCUCACUGGGAAGCCAACUAGCCAAUCUUACUGCAGUCUCUCCAAAUUCAAAAAUCCCGCCAGAAACACGAUCUACGCGUUUCACUCAUUCAAAUGAGCUUUCUCAAGAUAGGUUUUAUUCAAAAAUAUAUUGAAUAAAUUAAAUAAAGAGUCCCAGUUUCAAUCUUCAUGGGGUGUUUUCAAAUGUCCGCAGGGAUUUGAUAGUUGUAACAAUAAUUGAUGUAAAAAGACUUUGUCUUUAUAUGUAUCCAACAAUUAAAAGUGGUGAAACUUAUUUCUAAGGUUCACAAUAAAAACGUAGAAAUGCAGAAUAUUGGUUGGUGAAUAUAAAGUUACCGCUCCGUGGGUGUUAUUUCCAGACCGGUCCUGUGCACUCGGAUCGAUCCUCACUGAGAAGCCAACUAGCCAAUCUUACUGCAGGUAUCUUGAGAAAGCUCAUUUGAAUGAGUGAAACGCGUAGAUCGUGUUUCUGGCGGGAUUUUUUAAUUUGGAGAGACUGCAGUAAGAUUGGCUAGUUGGCUUCCCAGUGAGGAUCGAUCCGAGUGCACAGGACCGGUCUGGAAAUAACACCCAUGGAGCGGUAACUUUAUAUUCACCUACCAAUAUUCUGCAUUUCUACAUUUUUAUUGUGAACCUUAGAAAUAAGUUUCACCACUUUUAAUUGUUGGAUACAUAUAAAGACAAAGUCUUUUUACAUCAAUUACUGUUACAACUAUCAAAUCCCUGCGGACAUUUGAAAACACCCCAUGAAGAUUGAAACUGGGACUCUUUAUUUAAUUUAUUCAAUAUAUUUUUGUUGUUGACCCAUAUACAAAAAAUAGGGGUAUAUUAACUAAGCGCUGAUACUGUUUUUAUUCCAUCAUUAAAUUAGUGCUUAUGUUUGAAGGUGUGAAUGUUAUUAGUUCCCUAUUGUCUAGUAGUCUGAUAGGACUUGACAUGAGAAUCAUAUUUAUACACGUCACUUGGAGGCAUGUGGCUUUAAGUAAACAUUCACAACUCAUAGGACAUUUUCUUUUGUCAUUUUAAUAGUUGCACCUAUGUAAAUAUUUCAUUAUUAGCUUCUUGAAGUUUCAUACCUCAAUAUCUCACAUGCUGUAUUUAAAUGCUACUAUUUAGUAUUUACAGGACCAUGGCAUUUACACGGUAGAGUAAAAUUCUCAGUUUCUGUUCAAGACUUCCAAGCUGAAAAUGUUAUGGGAGUUGUAGUUGCCUGCCGAGCCACCACUGAUAUACUAUUUUGCAUCUAUCACAAAAGCACUAUGUAGUUCAAGCUUUGUCCAACCAUUUCAAUACCAAUGAAAAUGAUUUUUUUUGGUUUCAUUUUUCAGGUGAACAUAAAAGAUAAAGUUCUUGAGCUAUUGUUGUACUUUACAAAGCAUUCAGAUGAGGAGGUACAGACAAAAGCCAUUAUCGGUCUUGGUAAGUGAUUUCAUAUUCUUACCUUCAGUUAAUUGUAUUCCUGUCACAUUGUUUUUAAAGUUACAGUUCAUGCUUAAAUCAUUUUCCACCUGUGGAGUUUCAAGCUAUGGCCUGAGUUUACUUCCUAUUACUGUGGCUCAUUAUGCUAUUUGUUCUCCUAAGGUUUUUCAUUCAUCCAGCACCCGAUUCUAAUGUUUGAAGUGGACGUGAAAAAUCUAUACAACAACCUCCUAUCAGAUAAGAACUGCUCGGUGAAUUUGAAAAUUCAGGUUUUAAAAAACCUUCAAACCUACUUGCAAGAAGAAGACACGCGGAUGCAACAGGCAGACCGAGACUGUAAGUUACAGAGACCAUGCUCUGGUGCUGGAAGCUUUUCAUAGACCGUCCAUAGCCAAUUGCAUGCCCUGCUAUUGGAGAAUAUUAAGGCUAUUAGACUUUAACAGACACCCUGUCAUGUAACUUUGAAACACUUGCACUUCAUAGGAAAAAAAAAUUUAAUCUAUUUUCAAAUGGCAUCAAAUUUCACACUGUGCAAGCCAAAUAAAAUACAUCAUUAUUUAUGUAUUUUUGUUUGAAGUUGUUGCACUAUGCUCAUGGCAAUGAAUUGCAUACUCAAACGCAAUAGUGCUCAGAUGCAGUUUUGGGAUGCUGCACAGUAAAUAGCAGGGGCAGUCACAAUGUGAUAUCCUUUCACCAACGCAUGUGAUCACAGUAACUGUAUUUCCAUAUUGUCUGUUUGAUUCUGUUUAUUUCCUUAUGGUUGCAUGGUGUUUGUAGUCUUUACUAAAGUGACCUGUGCCCUGAUCUUUAGGGAAAAAGAUGUCCAAGCAAGAAGACUUAAAAGAAAUGGGAGAUAUUUCCUCAGGGAUGAGCAGCUCCAUUAUGCAGCUUUACCUCAAGCAGGUCCUGGAGUCUUUCUUCAGCACCCAAUCCAGUGUGCGCCACUUCGCUCUCAAUGUCAUUGCUUUGACUUUAAAUCAAGGCCUCAUUCAUCCUGUUCAGGUAGAAAGCCGUAGCCUUUCUUACUACAGAAGUCCAGUAAACCUUUCUAUAAUAUGGACUGUCUUUCAGGUUUCAAUUUAUUGGUGAUAGUGUUUCAUAUAAUGCCUUAUUUUGCUUGUGCCAUUUUCAGUGUGUGCCAUAUCUGAUUGCCAUGGGAACAGACCCUGAGCCGUCCAUGCGGAACAAAUCAGAUCAGCAGCUUGUGGAAAUAGACAAGAAAUACACUGGAUUCAUUCAU